UUCUGGGUUUUACAUUUUGUGGAUGAAAAUGGGGGAUAAAUUGAGGUCAGCUUCCAUGGAUGACUUGCCAGUGCAUUUGGUUCUUGAAAUCUUGACGUCGGGUCGAUUGAGCUCUGUUGAUUUAGUGAGUUUAGAAAUGAGUUCGAGGACUUUCAGGUUAAGUCAUGGGAUGUUUCCUAAAGAAUUCAGGUCUUUGGUGGAAUUCGCUGCUUUUCAGCUUUGUGUCUCGCACCCCAUAUAUGCUUCUCUUCAAUUCAGUGCCCGGAGAGAGCUUCUGAAUCGGUGUAACGAUAAUUGGAAACGCGUUCUCAGAUUCUUGCAGUCCGUGAAGCAAUCCUCUGACAUGGUUGAAACCUCUGCAGGCAAUAUGCAAAUUAAGAGCGGAAGAUAUCACACCUUGUUGAUUAAUGAUGCGGCUGUAUACUCAUGUGGCUCGAGUUUAUGUGGUGUUCUUGGUCACGGGCCUGAAACAACGCAGUGUGUGGAAUUUACACGCAUCAGCUUCCCGUUUCCUGUACAAGUCAUCCAAGUUUCAGCCUCCCACAAUCAUGCCGCUUUUGUGACCCAGUCUGGAGAGGUAUUCACUUGUGGAGAUAACUCAUCCUUCUGUUGUGGGCACAGUGAUACAGGUCGCCCUAUAUUCAGGCCUCGGCUUGUAGAGGCACUAAAGCAUAUACCCUGCAAACAGGUUGCGGCAGGUCUGAGUUUCACCAUGUUUCUUACGACACUAGGCCACGUCUACACAUGCGGGACAAACGCACAAGGUCAGCUCGGUCACGGUGACACACUGGAUAGGCCAACGCCUAAAUGCGUAGAACUGCUUGCAUCCAAUGGCCCUGUUGUUCAAAUUACUGCUGGCCCGAGCUAUGCCCUUGCUGUGGCAAGCGAUGGGUUACUCUACUCUUUUGGUUCGGGCACCAAUUUCUGUCUUGGCCACGGGGAGCAGCACAAUGAACUUCAGCCUCGUGCAAUCCAGUCGUUUAGGAGGAAGGGCAUUCAUCUGCUCCGUGUGUCUGCUGGCGAUGAGCAUGUUGUAGCACUCGAUUCCAACGGAUAUGUGUACACUUGGGGAAAAGGUUAUUGUGGUGCACUCGGGCACGGAGAUGAGAUCGAUAAGACUACUCCAGAACUUGUCGACAACCUUAAGAGCCACCUUGCCAUUCAGGUUUGUGCCAGUAAGAGGAAAAGUUUCGUGUUAGUGGAUGAUGGUUCGGUGUUUGGCUUUGGGUGGAUGGGUUUUGGUAGCCUCGGGUUCCUUGACAGAGGAGUAUCCGAUAAAGUUGCAAGGCCUCGGGUCCUCGACAGCCUGAGAUCCCAUCACAUAUCCCAGAUUAGCACCGCCCUGUACCACACCAUAGUAAUCACGAGUCGCGGGCAAAUCUUCGGGUUUGGAGAUAACGAAAGAGCGCAACUUGGAAUAGAUACGCUCCGGGGAUGCCUAAAUCCUACAGAAAUUCAGCUGCAGAAAGCAUCACCAAUGUAGAAUACUGGUAAAAGUUUAAGUUGAUUUACCAUUAGGAGUUUAGCCAUUGUCAUACCUAUUUCAUAUCAUUCCAAGAACUAAUUGUGGUGCUGUAGUUCUAGGAUCUGUUGUGAAUUGUGACUGUUUAUGUUCACCAAAAACAACUUUGUUUCCUAUUUUCUUCUUGUUUUGCACUUGUACUAUCUUUACAAAUGCAAGUAUGCAAGGAUAUUUUUUAU